CGCUUUUCUGGCAACUCUGCAGACUCGGCAAAACAAAAUAGUGGAGAAGCGUAAAAAAAAUAUAUUUUCUUGAAAUGAGUCUUGAAAUGAGCAACACAAAUGGAGGAAAUGGCAUCCAGCGCUCCCACGACAAGCGCGAGAUGCUCUGUCUCCUGAAACUGCUUAAAAAAUACCAACUGAAGAGCACAGAGGAGCUGCUUUGCCAGGAGGCCAAUGUGAGCGCCGCGGAUCUGGCGGCAAUCAGCGAAACAGAUGUACAGCAGGUACUCGGCGCUGCUUUGGGGCUGGGCGACGGUGAGAGAGAGGCGCCCCGGCCUGCUCCGGUGGAAACAAAACAAACGGCGGUGACAGAGGCCAACGCGGCGGAGGCACUGGCGAAAUUCAUUGGGGACGACAGCUUCGACGCCCAGCAGCACGAGCAGGCCUACGAAGAUCUGCGCUCAUUUGUAGAGGAUUCGUUGGACAUAUAUAAGCACGAGCUGUCUAUGGUACUGUAUCCCAUAUUGGUGCAAAUCUAUUUCAAGAUGCUCGCCAUCGGACAAAAGGAAAAGGCGCGCGCUUUCAUCGAGAAGUACAAAUCGGAUCUCGACGGCUACUACAUAGAGGGGCUGUUCAACUUGCUGAUGCUGUCCAAGCCGGAGGAGCUGCUGGAGAACGAUCUGGUCGUUGCCAUGGAAAUGGACAAGUUCGUCAUUCGGAUGUCCAGGGACUCCCAUUCGCUGUUCAAGCGCCACAUCCAGGAUCGCAGGCAGGAGGUGGUAGCCGAUAUCGUGUCCAAGUACUUACAUUUUGAUACCUAUGAGGGCAUGGCUCGGAAUAAGCUGCAAUGCGUGGCCACAGCAGGAUCCCACAUCGGAGAGGCCAAGAGGCAGGACAACAAGAUGAGGGUGUACUAUGGCCUGCUCAAGGAGGUGGACUUUCAGACGCUGACCACUCCGGCGCCGGCCCCAGAAGAGGAAGACGAUGAUCCGGAUGCACCAGAUCGUCCCAAGAAGAAAAAGCCCAAAAAGGAUCCGCUGCUGUCCAAGAAGUCCAAGUCGGAUCCAAAUGCUCCCUCCAUUGACAGGAUACCCUUGCCUGAGCUCAAGGACUCCGAUAAGUUGCUCAAGCUAAAGGCCCUGAGGGAAGCCAGCAAACGCAUGGCCCUCGGCCGAGAUCAGCUUCCCUCCGCUGUCUUCUACACGGUACUCAACUCCCAACAGGGUGUCACGUGUGCCGAGAUCUCCGAGGAUUCCACAAUGGUUGCCUGCGGAUUUGCCGACUCGAGCAUCAGGAUAUGGUCGCUGACGCCCGCCAAGCUGCGCACCCUCAAGGAAGCCGAGGCUCUGAGGGAACUCGACAAGGAGUCUGCGGAUAUCAAUGUGCGCAUGUUGGACGACCGCAGUGGGGAAACAACAAGGAACUUCCUGGGCCACACAGGGCCUGUCUAUCGCUGUGCCUUUGCGCCCGAAAUGAACCUGCUCCUAUCCUGCUCCGAGGACAGCACCAUACGAUUGUGGUCGCUUCUCACGUGGUCCUGUGUGGUGACCUACCGCGGCCAUGUCUAUCCCGUCUGGGAUGUUCGGUUUUCCCCGCACGGAUAUUAUUUUGUUUCAUGCUCGUACGACAAAACGGCUCGCUUGUGGUCUACAGACUCCAAUCAGGCGCUCAGAGUCUUUGUUGGCCACCUAUCAGACGUGGACUGCGUUCAGUUUCAUCCCAAUUCCAAUUAUGUGGCCACUGGCUCUAGCGAUCGGACUGUGCGGCUCUGGGACAACAUGACCGGCCAGUCGGUGCGUCUAAUGACGGGUCACAAGGGAUCUGUCAGUGCCCUUGCCUUCUCCACCUGUGGACGCUAUCUAGCCUCUGGCUCCAUCGACAGCACCAUCAUCAUCUGGGACUUGUCGAAUGGCUCUCUCGUGACCACCUUACUGAGGCACACCAGCACUGUGACGACGAUAACCUUCAGCCGCGAUGGAACACUCCUGGCUGCUGCUGGCCUGGACAACAACCUGACCCUCUGGGACUUCCACAAGGUCACCGAUGACUACAUCAGCAAUCACAUUACGGUGUCGCACCAUCAAGAUGAGAACGACGAGGAUGUCUACCUGUUGCGCACAUUCCCCAGUAAGAACUCGCCCUUUGUCACCCUGCACUUUACGCGCCGCAAUCUCCUCAUGUGCGUGGGACUCUUCAAGAGUUAGGAUCACAGUUUAGCUUAGUCCAUAUACAUACGUAACGUAGUCUUAAGGAUUCAGAUGAUUUUUCAUCAUAUAAAGUUGGCAUUUGGUCUGAUUAUCAAAUUAAACUCCACCUGAUUUAUACUGUAUGC